CACUGUGGUUCGACCUCUGCAGUCGGUAAGUGUGUAAUGGCAGUUUGAAUGGGAAGCUUAUCAGUUUAAAUCCCUUUUCAUCCUCUGUUUUAGCUCGACACUGCAGUGCACAAAGAGACCCGGGCUUCAACCAGAUUUGACCGAACCGGUUAAACUUACCUAAAGAAGAAAAUGUACGCCUGUGCAAAGUUCGUCUCCACGCCGGCUCUGGUCCGUGCUGGUUCCCGGGCUCUUUACAGACCCCUGUCUGCCUCUGUGCUGUCCAGGCCUGAUGUCAAAACAGAGAGCAGUGUUGCUGUGAUGCCACAGAGCCCCCUCAGCCAGGUCACACUGAGAGGCUUCCAGACCAGUGCCAUCAGCAGGGACAUCGACACCGCUGCUAAGUUUAUUGGCGCUGGAGCCGCCACAGUCGGAGUAGCUGGAUCUGGUGCUGGUAUCGGGACAGUGUUCGGUAGUCUCAUCAUCGGCUAUGCUAGGAACCCAUCUCUGAAGCAGCAGCUGUUCUCAUAUGCUAUCCUGGGAUUUGCCCUGUCUGAAGCUAUGGGACUGUUCUGUUUGAUGGUCGCUUUCCUUAUCCUGUUUGCUAUGUAAAACUCUGCUGUCAAACCACACUUUCAUUACAGAUGUGACUACAUAUUUUAUUGUGGCUACCAAAAUUGUUCCGUGUUGGUGUCAUGGAAAUGUACAUUUUCAAGUCUUUCAGACACUGUCAAAAUAAGCAAAGCAUGUAUUGUACAAAUGUAAGAAAUUACGUGAUUAAAAUACAUGUUUUUGACUAUUUAACAAGAA